AUGAAAGGAGCAAAUUUACUUGAUAUAUCUUCUAUCGGUAUAUCUCUAAGCUUAUUCAAGAAUGAUUCCUCACUACUUCGAAAUGCCUUGACAAAAUUCUAUAACGGGGUUUUUAUUAACUCUAAUACAUUUAAUGAUGGUAUUCAAUCAGACGGUUCAUUUAUGCAACAUGGUGGAUUACUCUAUAAUGGAAAUUAUGGAAAGGAUUUUAUUAAUUCUAUGAUAUCCGUAUUUAUAGAAACAAAAGGUACCAAUUUAGUACCUCCACGUGAGGCACAAAUAGCGUUUGAAACUUUAUUAAGUGGCUCUGAAUGGAUGAUUAUGGCUGAUUCAAAAUUAAACAAGCUUUUGUGGCAAUAUAGCUCUGUGGGUCGUAUGAUUUCUUUUAAAUACUCUGAUGAAAUGUCAACCGGUGGUGUUGCUAUAAAUAUAAAAAAAUUAAAAGAAAGUGCUGAGGGCUGGGAUACCGAGGCUGUUCUUGAUAAAAUUACAGACCGUCUAAAUUCGUCUCAUGUUAAGAAUGCCAAUCAAGGUAAUCUAGUUGGAACUCGUUACUUUUAUAAUGCUGAUUACAUGAUACAUCGAUCCCCAAGCUACAUUGCAACCAUGAAAAUGUACUCAAGUCGCACUGUAAACUCAGAGUGCGUCAAUGCACAGAAUCCUCGUGGGGUUCACCUAAGUGACGGUGCUAUUUUCAACUACAUAAGUGGUGAUGAGUACCUGGAUGUGUUUGGUUCUUGGAACUGGGAGCUUGUACCUGGUAUCACAGUUGAUAUUGGAGGCACACCAUUGCGCUGUGACUCAAUCAAAUUUCAAGGUAAACGGCAGUUUGUAGGAGGCGCUACCGAUGGCAAUACGGGAAUAGCUGUUCUGGAUUUUCAAAAUCCAAUCAAUAGCAAUCUGAAAUUUAAAAAAACAGUUUUUUUCUUUCCAAGUGCUUAUGCUGUUCAAGUUGGUCCUUUGGAAUCAAAAAAUGGGACUGCACCAUUAGUAACAGUUCUUGACCAACGUAAACGCAAUGGCGAUAUAUAUGUUGCUGGGGUGCUUAGAAAUACCGACACAAACUAUACUACGGUUGCAUCAAAUAGUAUCUGGCAUGACAAUAUCGGAUACUACUUUCCUAUCCCUGAAAUCCUCCAUGUUGACUCCAAAACUAAUUUUGGUAGCUGGUCCGAAAUCGGCAUAUCUAAGGGUACUAAUAAGCAGCAACUAUGGACAUCAUACAUCAAGCAUUCUUCAAAAUUUACAACUAAGCUUUUGACACAAUAUGUUGUUCAGCCCAAUAUUCAACAGUCCACUUUCCAUGCGAAUAUCAACCGUGGCGCUAUUCCUAUAUCCUUAGAUUUUCAUGCAAAUGACCCUCAAGUUAAUGCGGCGUAUAGUGAGGCCGAUAAGACCAUGGGCGCUGCUUUCUGGACACCAGGUACUUAUGAAACUCCUUGGAAUUCAGUGACCAUAACCGCAGACAGCGCUUGUAUCAUUCUGUUACAUCAGAUUGCCGACAAAACUUAUCGAUUGACCACCGCUGACCCAUCUCACAAAUUGGCUGCUCUUAAAAUAGCUAUUAGAGUUGGAUCCGUUACAAAAUCUGUCACUAUCACUUUGCCUGUUGGCCCUGAAGCAGGAAAAGCUGUUGCUGAAACUUAUGAUUUUACCACUUAG